AUGGAACAAGAUCAGAAUUUAAAUCUCUCUGAUUUAUCAUCAAUAUAUCUUAAUUUAUUAGGUCAAUUUAAUGAAACUAAUGAUAUUGAAUUAUUGCCACUAUCUCCGUUAAAAGAAAAUAAAAGAAGACGAAUAGAAAAAGAUCAUAAUGACUCAUCUAAUGUAAAAGCUGUUGCUAUGGUUGCCCAGUAUUUGCUGAGCCGAAUUCCUCUACCAACUACACGUUCUGACCUACAUAAGAAAUUUAUCAAAAGUGCAAAUCAUAAACUUAAACUGGAUACUAUUCUAGAUGAAGUUAACAAUCAUCUCCAGAGUAUCUUAGGAUUAGGGAUUUUGUGUUCAGAUAUUGAAAAAAAGAAAUCUUCAAAUCCUAAAUAUUACGUUGUUCAAUUAUGUUCUCAUAGAUCCCAUAUUAAUGCUCUUUGUCAAUUAAAAAGUAUUCAUCCAAAUGCUUUAGGUGAACUAACUGCUGAAGGUUAUUCGGAUAAUAUUGUUUCAUCAUAUAAAUGUAAUGCAUUUAUUAACUUCAUAUCAUUUCUAUUCGGAUUCUUUGAUGUUACAUCCAAAGACAUAUCUACAUCUCAAGAUUCUUGUGUAUCUAAUAAAGAUAAUACAAUAGAAAUUCAUAUCGAAAAAAUCAAAAAUGAACUUGAUAUAUUGCUUUCUAGCAAGAUUAAUAUCGUUACAAUUGAUGAAGAGGAUACCGAGUCUACAAAUUCACAACAUAGUCCUCUUUCAAUAAUGUUACAAGUUAUAUACCGUUGUGGAUAUAUAAUACCUAUAUUUAAUCAAAGUAAAGUCCCAAAUUCAAGAAAUACUAAACAUUGUAUAUCUGGAUUUAUUCCUGGACCAUUAUUAUACUGGAAUUCUAGUUCUAUAAAAAAGAUCUUAGUUGAAUAUUCAUAA